AUGAAUUGACAUGGUCUUGUGGUUUCUGUCCCAUGAUGCUCAGAGAGGUUAAGUUACAGUAAACCCACCAUGCUGUUCACAACGUACAAAAUGCUGACAAUGAAGCCUGAAAAAUGGAUUUCCUCUUUAGUCCUGUGCCUCACCUAUGUGUCUUCAAAUGGUGAGCAGCACUGUCCUGAGGACUGCAAUAAAAAAGUGUUCAGCGCUCCGCUUGGCUCCUCUGUGCUCCUCGAGUGCAACUUUUCAAAAAGUAACACCAACAAUGAGUGGGUGUCAUGGCUCCAUAUGCCUGACUAUGGACUGCUCAAACUAAACUCCGCAGGGCGCAUUCAGUUCAUGGACCCCAGGUACGGCCGAGUGACUGUCUUUCCAAACCAGGGCUCUGAUGGGAACUACUCAAUCCACAUCGAUAAGCUUCAAGACUCCGACCUGGGAGGAUAUUGUUGUGUGCAGGGGCAAAACUGUCUCCAAGCAGAAUUAGUGGCUGAAAGAGAUACAAUGAGUGAGGAGAUGCAGCUGCUGAUUUACACCAGUGCUGGAGCUGCCGUUUUAACCUUGCUGAUGAUUGGCUGCUACUUCUGUGUGAAAUGCACAUUGAAUUUAGGAAAAACUCUGCAUAACUAUGUGAACAAUCAAGGUGGUACAGCGCCUACAGAGGCUAUCAGUCAUCCACCUGCAGCAACAGGAGACGACUAUGAAGAAGAGGACAGAGGAUCAUACAUUAAUGUCCUUGUUUACGAAAAUGAUGAGUUUGACCCAGGCAUCCACCAGAAUCAGCUAUCCAGAAAUGAUCAUGGACAACGCAUUUGUCAUGAUCUGAACAGGAGUUCACUUAAUCAAAGUGAGCCUGAAUCUAGUGUGCAUGAGAGGAGAAAAUCUGCCUUUCAUACAGAGCUCAUCUGCAGAAUUCAGCAGCCAAAUGUCAAUCAGGAUUACAAGUAUUAUGCGAACCAAAGUGAAAUCAUCAUAUCAGCUCAACAGGACAAUGUUUACAAUGGCCAUGAACAUGAAUACAAAAACCCAAUUUACAACAGGAGCACAAACCACCUCAAUCAACUGUGAAGAAUAAACAACAAAAAUAAAUUGCUGUUUUCAACGUUGGCAGAGUUACUCCUUGACUGUAUGUGUUAAGUAUUGCUGCAUUGUAUAUUUCUGUAUGGUAACAUCAAUGUACUUUAUUUCACAACUUCUUUGUGUCCAUUGAACAAGGCAAAGAGAGAUUUUAUUUAUUAAACAUUAACUAAUUACAAAGGUGACUGAAAAGUUUUGAGCCCGACCCAGAAGAAACCACAGCUGAAUUAAUGUAAUGCUUAUUUUUUUCAACAGAAUCCCCAAGACCACACACUUUUUCCAGUGUCACUAGUACAGUGCCUUAAUACUGUUCUCAUAGGACGUCUUAUCCUGUAGCUCUUGCAAGUCAUCCACUGCAGAUAUGACCUCAUUAUCAGUAUUAUGGGUUCCAGUAAGAUGCCUUUUCAUGUCUGGAAACAGAUGGAAGUCCAAAGGAGCCAAACCAGAGGAAUAAUCUGGGUGCGGAACAAGUUCAAAGCCACAUUCAUUCAAUGGCAGCCAUUACGAUGGCCGACAAGCAUUGUCCUGGUGAAACAGAUCACCUCAUCAGAACAUUCCACACUGCUUCUGUCUCUUCUGGAGAUAGUCCACCAUUAUGAUGCCCUCAGCAUCCCAGAAGACAGAGGUCAUGACCUUUCCAGCAGAUGAGACAGUUUUGGCUUUCUUUGUCAUGGGAGAACCUACAUGGUUUGAUUGUUUCGAUUGUUGUUUGGACUCUGGUUCAAAAUGAUGGACCCAGGUGUCAUCUAUGGGCAUGAAGUUAUCUGGAUUGGUCUCAAAAAGCUGAUUAUUCUCCCUGGACUUUUGGAACCUCGUGCAUUUCUGUUUGGCCUUGGGACCCAUCUUGGUGAAAGUUUUGUCAUUCCCAGUUCUUCCAUCAGAACCAAAUGAACUCUCUCCUGGAAAAUG